GAAGGGGCGGGGCUCUGCGGGCAGAGUCUGUGUGGUGCUACCGCCGUAGCAGCCGCUGCUGCCGCCGCCGCUGCUGCUGCUGCCAGAGCCGGAGCGGGCUGGGCCGCGGAGGCAAGAUGGUGGACUACAGCGUGUGGGACCACAUCGAGGUGUCUGACGAUGAAGACGAGACGCACCCCAACAUCGACACAGCCAGCCUCUUCCGCUGGCGGCACCAGGCCCGGGUGGAGCGCAUGGAGCAGUUCCAGAAAGAAAAGGAGGAGCUGGACAGGGGCUGUCGCGAGUGCAAGCGCAAGGUGGCCGAGUGCCAGCGGAAGCUGAAGGAUCUGGAGGUGGCCGAGGGCGAGGGUAGCAGGGCCGAGCUGGAGCGGCUGCAGGCCGAGGCACAGCAGCUGCGCAAGGAGGAGCGGAGCUGGGAGCAGAAGCUGGAGGAGAUGCGCAAGAAGGAGAAGAGCAUGCCCUGGAACGUGGACACGCUCAGCAAGGACGGCUUCAGCAAGAGCAUGGUCAAUACCAAGCCUGAGCGGGCGGAGGAGGAGUCGGAGGAGGUGAGGGAACAGAAACACAAAACCUUCGUGGAGAAGUAUGAGAAACAGAUCAAGCACUUCGGCAUGCUCCGCCGCUGGGAUGACAGCCAGAAGUACCUGUCGGACAACGUCCACCUGGUGUGUGAGGAGACCGCCAACUACCUGGUCAUCUGGUGCAUUGACCUAGAGGUGGAGGAGAAAUGUGCGCUGAUGGAGCAGGUGGCCCACCAGACCAUCGUCAUGCAGUUCAUCCUGGAGCUGGCCAAGAGCCUGAAGGUGGACCCCCGUGCCUGCUUCCGGCAGUUCUUCACCAAGAUCAAGACUGCUGACCGUCAGUACAUGGAGGGCUUCAACGACGAGCUGGAGGCCUUCAAAGACCGCGUGCGGGGCCGGGCCAAGCUGCGCAUCGAGAAGGCCAUGAAGGAGUACGAGGAGGAGGAGCGCAGGAAGCGGCUUGGCCCCGGCGGUCUGGACCCCGUCGAGGUCUACGAGUCCCUCCCUGAGGAACUCCAGAAAUGCUUUGACGUGAAGGAUGUGCAGAUGCUCCAAGAUGCCAUCAGCAAGAUGGACCCCACCGACGCGAAGUACCAUAUGCAGCGCUGCAUCGACUCCGGCCUCUGGGUCCCCAACUCCAAGUCCAGUGAGGCCAAAGAAGAGGAGGAGGCGGGUCCCGGGGACCCCUUGCUGGAAGCCUCCAGUCGGGGCGACAAGAAAGACGUCAGCGCAUAACCCACCUCAGCUGCUGCCCGACUGCCUGCAGGCCCCUGUGCGCCCCUUUUCAGAAAACAAAAAUAGACACCAUCUCCCCAGCUCCUGGCUUCCUCCACUUUGGCUGCUCCCACACCUAGCCCGGAGGGGCCUGCCCACCCCCCUCCACUGACCCCACUCCCUGAGCGCUCAUCCAAGUCUGCUUUGAGUCAAGGAGCUUCACUGCCUGCAGCUCCCCCACUUCAGCAUUAUGCCAAAGGCUUGGGGGUCCAGGGAGGGGUAGAGGUUGCCAGGCUGGUCCACAGGGUAUGGGUGGGGUCCCCAGCUGAGGGCCCUGCCCCAGUCACUGUGGGCUCCGUUUUCACUGUUCAUCUGCUGUUGAGUCUCCUACAUAGUAAACAGCAAUUAUCUUCCAAUAAAGGAUUUCAGAUGCUCCGCGAGACCUCAGGAGGGCUGGCACAGCUCUUCUCUUGCAGGGUGGGAGGGAACCCUGGUCAGUGUUGGCGGCUGGGCUUGUGAUGCCCCCAGCUUUGCCCUGCAGCAAAUGGGCAAUGUCCUCCAUCCUCACUCCAGGCUCUCCAGGAAUGUGUCGUUCCGCCGCCUGGAACACUUCCUCAGGACACCUUUGUGUCAAGGGUUCUCACUCCCCCCCCCCCCCCCCCCCCGUAAGUCUUGGGAUUAUCUCAUCCCUCUGAGCCACCCCCCAGCGUCCGUUCAGGAGCAUCAACUUGCACCGUGUCUCACCUUCCACGUGGCCAGCUCUGCCUCCAAAACAAAUCUUGAGUCUGUCCACUGCCCUUGGUCCUCCACCCUGGUUCAGGUCCCUGUCACCUCUGGCCUGCAUGCCCACUCCAGCCUCUUCCCUGUCUUCCUUGCCCUCACUGGACCCCAGCAGGCAGCCGCCAGUGGGCACCUGUGAACACCUGAGUCAGGGCACAUCCCUCAGAGCAGAAGCCUAAGACCUCCCUGCAGUUCGCCAGGCCCUACACCAUCUGCCUGGUCACCUCCCUGCCCUCGUCUCAUGUCCUCCCCUUCUCAUCAACUCCCUCCUUGCUGAUCCUUAAGCACUUUCAAGUUUUUCUUAUCAGUGUGACCUUGGGCACUUUCCUCAGCCUCAGUGUCCCCCUCUGUACAAUGAGAGUAAUGUUCAUGCUCUCCUCCCAGGGUUGCGAUGAGGUGUAGGUGAGAUAAUGUACAGGCAAGCAUGGCGCCUGGUACCCAGGUGCUCAAAAUCUGGGCCUUGGCACAUGCCCGUCCCUCUGCUUGAACACCCUUCCCUUGAAAAAGUAAUCUUUUGAAAGCAGUCUUCCUUUAAAAGGUAAUGGAAUAUUCGGGCCACAGGAAAGGCUUAAAGAAUACUAUAAUAAACAAGGACACAUCAACUUUUAAGACAUGAAAUACCAAGGGUCGUGAAGCCCACUGCCCACCUCUUCUGGGGGACACCACCCCUUGGCAGCUGCUUCUCACUCCAAUCAGAGCUCUGCCACCUCCUCCCAGAGGUCCUCCUUGACCCGCCUUUUGAGUCACCCAUCACGUCUGGCCUCGCAGCUUCUUCACCUGCCUGGUUUUGCUGAUGUGUGUAUUGCUGUCUCCUUUAUGCUGUGAGCACCACCACGGCACAAACUGAGUCUUGGUCCUAAAAUAUUCCCAGCGCCCCGAAGGGGUCCUGGCCCUCAGUAAAUGCCUUUGUGUCCAAGCUGAUCACCACCAGGGGUCAACAGUGAGCUGCAAACCUGAGUGGCAUUGCCUAAUGCUUUUCAUAUAGAUGAGAAUGGCUGGUGGGGGGGGGUAUGGGGGGCCCUCCUAAGGCCCUGGAUAAACCCCACCCAUCCAGGAUCCACUCAGGAUCGUCAACUUGUUAAUACUUUACUGUAAAACUUUCAAAGAUAGAAUCCAUAUUCCUGAUAUUUUGUUUGACCUCAGGCUUCAGUAGAAUUCAGCGCUGUUACUGAUUUUUUAAAAAAAAUUAUUUAUUUUUGGCUGCAUUGGGUCUUCGUUGCUGUGCCCGGGCUUUCUCUAGUUGCAGCGAGCGGGGGCUACUCUUCGUUGCGGUGCGUGGGCUUCUCAUUGCGUUGGCUUUUCUUGUGGAGCACGGGCUCUAGGUGCAUGGACUUCUGUAGUUGUGGCGUGCAGGCUUAGUAGUUGUGGCGCACGGGCUUAGUUGUUCCGCGGCAUGUGGGAUCUUCCCGGACGAGGGCUCGAACCCGUGUUCUCUGCAUUGGGAGGCGGAUUCUUAACCACUGAGGCACCAGGGAAGCCCUGUUACUGAUUUUUGACUUAAAAUUUCAAUGUUUUGUUCAUCAUGUUUUUUUUCACAUUAAUGGUGUUUUUGGAAAAUAUUACAUUAAAAUAUUUAUCUCGA